AUGGGCAUUUGGUCAUCGGAGCUGGAAACCAGCUACAUUGAUGUUGGUGAUCGACUUGUGUCUGAACUCCGCAUGCCUUCAAGAGGGCUCUCUUCCGUCGAUCUCUUCGAUGUCGUCAGCCGUCUCAACGGCCCGUUGCCUGUCUUCCACCCUCAAUAUCUGGCACAGUGUAUUCUUUCUGGAAAGACCAACCUGGUACAUUCAAUUUUGCUAAACCUGCACAAAAAGCUGAAGUUUUACACGGAAGGUGAUGAGCUCGAUGGCUUCCUGGAGAUGCCCGUUGAAUACUUCUACAAGGAAGAUGCUGCGCAACAAUCGAACGCCAAAGAACUGCGCUCUUCCUAUCUUGACGUUAAUGAAGAGGAGAUUUCUUCGGUGAUGGACGAAAAGGCUGCAAGUGCACUUAACGAGUGCCUAGCGCGGAUUGCCCUGCCUCAGCUCUCAAGCCAUGAGCAAUUCCGCUUAGCAGAUACCAUCGAGUGUGUCGCUAUGGUUGACAAGCACCGACGAUCUAUGGAUGAUAAUGCGGCUCGCUAUCUUUUGUUCUUCCGACAGCAUAUGCUGCGAAAGAUCCAAGGAGUGGCUAACAAAGACACUGUCUCAUGGAGAGAGAUCGUUUGGGCUUACCACAGUAGCAGCCAGGACAUUUUGACAGACCUUGUGUCUCGACAGUUCAGUGCAAAAUUAACAUGGAAAGCAGCUCGGGAGAGUGGACUUUUCAUGUGGUUGUCAGAUCAAACAUCUGUGAAAGCACAACUUGAGAUACUUGCCCGGUGCGAAUACACCAAGACGGAAGAGAGAAACCCAACCGACUGCACGCUUUACUAUCUUGCCCUGAGGAAAAAGAACGUCUUACAGGGGCUUUGGCGGAUCGCACACUGGAAUCGUGAACAAGCAGCCACCCAGCGUCUCCUUGCCAAUGACUUUACCGAAGCGCGCUGGAAGACAUCGGCGCUCAAGAAUGCAUAUGCUUUACUUGGAAAACGGCGAUUCGAAUACGCCGCAUCUUUCUUCCUCCUGGCCGAUCAUCUUCGCGACGCUGCGAAUGUUCUCAUCAAUCAAAUGGGUGAUAUUCAACUUGCAAUUGCUAUAACUCGAGCUUACGAAGGGGACACUGGACCCGUUCUACGAGAGAUUCUCGAAGAGAGACUCCUUCCCCUAGCAGCUUCUGAGGGAAACCGCUGGAUGGCCUCUUGGGCUUUCUGGAUGUUGGGUAGACGGGAUAUGGCAGUGCGAGCACUGAUUUCACCGGUUGAGACUCUAUUAAUGCCGGGAACCCCUGCCACACCGGGUAGUCCAGGACGCGUCAAGCUUCAAUCAAAGUCUUAUCUUUCGAACGAUCCCGCAUUGGUGGUCUUAUAUCACCAGCUGCGCGCAAAGACCCUCCAAACUCUCAAGGGUGCGUCUAAAGUGCAUCCAAGAGAAGAAUGGGAAUUCGUUUGUCGCAAUGCCAGACUCUAUGAUCGUAUGGGAUGUGAUUUCCUCGCUCUGGAUCUCGUACGCCACUGGGAAUUCCUUGGUGGACUUCCUACCCAGGACUCUAUGAAGCCGGACACAUCCAUCCAGAUGAAUGGCGAUGAUGUCGACUAUCGGAAGCUACUUCGCCGGCGGAGCAGCCUCGUCGUUGCUGAUAUGCCGGUGAGGUUGGCAGAUACGGCACAAAAGCCCGCAGCGUCGGAGACACCGAAGGACGUCCCAACAGAGCAGUCGAAGCCAAAGCCAAAGGCGCCGACGAUGUUCCACGAGCCAGAUGCUAAUUCAUUGUUGGACAGCUUUGGAUUCUGA